GUCAAGUUCAACUAUUCUGCAGGCGGAUCCCGAGCUGCGGGACAUCGCCUGGGGAGCCCAAGGUCAGAGCCCGCCUCCUCCAGCAGACGUCUUCCGCCUCGCCGCGAACUCUUGGGCGCAUGCGCAGGAUGUAGGACUACACCUCCCAGGAGGCUGUGCACCCCACCGGGAAAGCCCGUCGGAUCUCGGGACUACAUUAACCAGAAAGACCUGCGGAGGCGGGCGCUAGACUCGGAGAGUCCAGCCAUUGGCCUGACGUCUGACAAGGCUGCUCGGUGAUUGGCCUAGAUGCCUGUUAGUUACUGCCAAAGGCAAUUGAGUUUUGCUGUUAGGCUUCCUGAGGAGGGAGAUAGCCGACCCCGGGCGGCCGAGUCGUGCUCAUAGUGUCCACUAGGUCACUGUCAAAAUUCACCGGUAUAGGAUAUUUUUGAACAAGCAGAAGAACUUGGUACUGAUGGACGCUGGACGGGCGAGAGGCAGGAAUGGUCGGUUAUGACCCCAGAGCAGACGGCAGGAACAUCUCUAAGUCUGAGGUGGCUGUGGCUGGCUCCUUGUCAGGACUCGUCACUCGGGCGCUGAUCAGUCCCUUGGAUGUCAUCAAAAUCCGUUUCCAGCUUCAGAUCGAGCGCCUGUCUCGCAGUGACCCCGGCGCCAAGUACCAUGGGAUUGUGCAGGCCACCAGGCGCAUUUGGCAGGACGAAGGCCCAAGAGCCUUCUGGAAAGGACACGUGCCUGCCCAGCUGCUCUCCAUUGGCUAUGGAGCCGUCCAGUUCUUGUCGUUUGAGCUGCUGACAGAGCUGGUCCACAGAGCCACCGCCCAUGAUGCCCGCGAGUUCUCCGUGCACUUCGUGUGUGGUGGCCUGUCUGCCUGCAUGGCCACCCUCGCAGUGCACCCCGUGGACGUUCUGCGCACACGCUUUGCAGCCCAGGGGGAGCCCAAGGUGUACAAGACCUUGAGAAAUGCGGUGGUCACCAUGCACAGGACAGAGGGCCCCUUGGCCUUCUACAAAGGCUUGACCCCAACGCUCAUUGCCAUCUUCCCCUACGCCGGCUUCCAGUUCUCCUGUUACAGCGCCUUGAAGUCGGCCUCUGAGUGGCUCACGCCGGCCAAUGGCAAGCAGAACGAGAACCUCAGAAACCUGCUCUGUGGCUGCGGAGCCGGCGUCAUCAGCAAGACUCUGACCUACCCCCUGGACCUCUUCAAGAAGCGCCUGCAGGUCGGAGGCUUCGAGAGGGCCCGAGCCAGCUUCGGCCAGGUGCGGUGCUACAGAGGCCUCCUGGACUGCACGCGGCAGGUGCUGCGGGAGGAGGGGGCCCCGGGCUGCUUCAAGGGCCUGUCCCCCAGCCUGCUGAAGGCCGCCCUCUCCACCGGCUUGGUGUUCUUCUGGUACGAGCUCUUCUGCAGCUUCUUCCACUGCAUGAAGAAGGCGGACAGCUAGUCUCCACUCUGACUCUGGGAGGGCCCCCCAAAGGCAGGCGCCACCCCUGGUCUCACAUAGCAAUGCCAAGGGCUGCCUGGUCCCUCUCUCCAGACCAGCCACCCCUGAAUCUUCGCAACGCUGCCAGGUCAAGGCUUGGGAAGACAGCGGGAUGUCAGGGUGAGGGCUGCUGGGGGCGGGGCAGCCACACCAGCAUGGAACUAAGGGUUGUUGCUUCUCCUUGUCCCUCCCUGCCCCCCCAGGCUCAGUAAGGAGCCCCACCCCUGUGAGAAGGGGAGUGGGAGGGUGGGCCCUGGGCCCUGAGCCAGAGUCUGGUGCCCAGGCUUGGGCUGUUUCUUCCAUAUGUGUAUUUAACAGCCAUUAAAGCUGCAAACCUG